AUGGCUGAAUUAUCUUCAAGUGAAAUAGAUACAUAUAAAUUGGAUGACAUUUGGAAUUAUGAUUUAAUUUCUAACAAUCCUCCAAAAGGUAAAUUAAAAUCAAUUUCAAGCAUUUUGGAUAGCAUGUCUUUAGAACAAAGAGGUAUUUCAGGUACAAAAAUUAGCAAAUUUGAAGAAAAAAAAGCUGAGAAUACAAAAGAAGAGGGAAAAUCUCAAAAACCAAAAAUUACUGUAGAAAAAUCCACAGAUAUUGAAAAAAUACCUGAACUAGAGGAUAUUAUUGUAAAAAAAGAGAGCUCACAGGGAAAAAUUGAGAUAGAGAAGAAAGAAAUUAAUGGUAGGUCUUACUUUCCCAUUAACAUUCAAAAAUUGAAUGACCUUCCAAGCCCAAUUCCUUUGGAGAAAUCUGAUAUAGUUUCUCUUUUGUCUAAAGAUAAAAAUUUGGAUUCAUAUACAAAUAUAAUUUUAUCUCCAAAAUAUGAUUUUCUUGAGAAUAUAGUUUGCAUCAACAACAGUACUUUAGAGAUGUCUGGAAUGAACUUAUUUCAAGGCUUUGUGUCUGAUAUUGAUUCAAUCUGUAGACUUUCAGUUAAAUGGUUUGAAAGUUAUCCAAAAUUUGUUAAAGUUUUGAGGACAACUGAAGAUAAGAUUUCUGGUAAAUAUAGACCAAAUAUUGAAGAAAUGAAUUUUAAUUCUAGUCAGAAAGUUAGAUUAAGUAGAAGAUUUACUAAUGAUUGGAUAAAUUUUUUGAACUUACUAAAAACCAUUGAAAUUGAUUCUAAAACUUAUAGACAUAAUAGAAGAAUGCUAAGAAAGUACAAGGAAAUUAAUCAUAAGGAUCUUAAACAGUACCAUAGAAACAUUUACAAUGAACUUCAACUAUUUAAUAAUUUGCUUUUAAGUAUUUUAUUAAAACUCAGUUUUUAUAUUCAAUAUAUUGUUUACUUCCCAAAUACUGGAAAACUUUUUGAUCAAAAAGAAGACUAUAGUUAUUUAAGCCAGUUCAAAGAAAAGUAUCGUAAAAGACUUUCCAAUGAAGAUGAAAUAUUAAAACUUAACAAGAUUGAUAUUUAUGUUAACGCAAUUCCAAAAGAUAUCCUUAAGAAGGUUCGAACAACUAUAUCAUCCUGUUCUGGAGUUGUAAAGAUUCUACAUGAAUAUGGAGUUCAUUCAGAUUCCACUCCAAGUAAUAUUAUUUCACUAUAUCUUCAAUACAAACGUAUUACAAGAAUUCUUUUGAAUAUUUAUAAUAACGAAACUAACCGUCAAUCUGAAAAAUUUAACACAAAUGGUAAUAACUAUGAGUAUUCUGAUAAUAUAUUUGACCAAAAAUUUAUUCCAAACAAAAUUGGUUUCAAGCCAUUCCAAACUCAAGUUGAGGGCCCUAAAAUUCAAGGAAAAAUAAAACAAGAAAAGUUAAAACAUAAAGAAGAUUAUUCAGGUGUAACCAAAAAUCAUAUUGAACUAAAAUUUAACUACCUAUCAAAGGAAUCAGUUGACAAGUUUUCCAAUGAAAACGAAAGAAAUCUUUUUUAUCUAAUUAGUCAAGAUCUUACUAAUAACAAACUUAACAAAGGAAUGAACUUUCAUAUUGUUAAAAAAAGACCGUCUGGAGCAUCUGGCCUUGUUAUAUUCAGCCAAAAAUAUAACCUUGAAUCUGAAUAUGAUUGUGGCGCCAGAAUCCUGCCUAAUGGGAAAAUUGAAAUUGACUUUAACAAGAAUUUACUUGCAGGCUUUAGUGAUAAAAUUACCAUAUGGUUCAAAAACAACUAUCUUAAAUAUUUUUAUAAUAAAUACCAAGAAAAUCAUUCAAAUUUUAAACAAACCUCUAUUCCUCUUCAAUUUAAGCUUAUGAUUGCUUGUCCAUAUGUAACUUCAAAUAAUUACAUGCAAAGCCAAUAUGGCGGUAUGAAUGACGUGUAUAUGUUAAUAUAUUUGGUAGGUAAAUUAAAAGGAUAUAAUGAUGAUUGGAAGAUAGUAACUGAAUUUAAUUCAAUAACUAAUGACACUAAUUUGCAGUGGAAGAUUGUUUCAAUCUUGAUACCAGAUAUUCAGUCUCAUGUUGGAAAGAUGUGUCCAGUACAAGCAAGUUUACUAAAAUCUAAAGUUUUAAAAACAUCCAGACAUGUAGUUUUUAAGAGUCCAAUGGAAUUUGACCAUUUUUCUGAAGAGUUUAAGUAUGAGAACAGCAAUAUUAAAAGAUCUAUUAUAAGAAAUUGUUUGAAUUAUAUCGAGGAAGAAACAAUGAUUGAAUUUCUUACUAAUAAUGGAAAAGACAGUGGAAUGGCUAUAUGUAGAAACAGUAAUCUAUAUGUUGGUUAA